AUGGGUUUUCAUGCAGUAUCACAUUCAGAAUUCACAACCAGCGAUCCAGUUAAUAAAGCAGUAUUAGGUUUAUCAAUAGUUAGAUUAUUUUUAUUUUUAUGUAUAUUCCUUGUAAAUUUAAAUCAAUCCAUUCACGAAUUUCUUGAAGCCAAAAAAAAAAAAAAAUAUAUAAAUCCACGUUUGUUUACAUUUGUAUCAAUUACAAUUUAUCCUUUUACAAGACUUUUUAUGAUAGGGGUAUUUUUUUAUGAUAAAACUAUAGAUAAUGGAUCCAUUACAGUUGCAGUUUCUAUUUGGGGAACUUUAUUCCAAUAUUUAGAGUGGACUUUUAUUUGUGUCUUUUGGUCAACGCUAUUAUACACCUAUUUUAUUAAAAAAGAUAUUAUUUUAAAAAAUACAAGAAGAGUAUGGAUCGGGGCAUCAGUAAUUACUGUGGUUUUAUUUAUUUGGACUAUAGUACAAACCAUACUCAAUUUUUAUUUAUUAGAUGCAAUGAAUGCAAGUUAUGGCCCUGGUCAAAUAGUAAUUGUUGUUGGUAUUGGCGGUUUUUAUUUAGUUAAUGGUAUUAUUUUAGCAAGAGCUAUAAAAAAGAAUGGCAGUAAAAUUCCAAUGCUCGAAGAAUCUUUUAAUAGAAUUAAAAAAAUGGCAGCUGUAUUAUUAGUGAUGGUUGUAGGUGUAUUUUUGGUAUUUAUUAUUCAAGUGCCAGUAUUAGGGUUGGAGGAUUACGAUACCGCCAAUUAUGCAUUCUAUCUUGUUCAGUGUCUUUUAGAAUUUACACAAUUAAGUGUAGUGAUGUAUUCGUUGGGUGGUGACUCAUUUAAAACAUAUUUUAGAUUCGGACGUGCAGGUAACACCAAUUCAUCAAAAUUUUCAGCUAACUCUGGUAAUAGCUCAUCAAAUGCCGAGAAAACAUUUGAAAUCAAUUUAAAUGAAAUUGCAGGUGACAAGCAUUAUAAUUUAAAUAACACUGCUUCAACCAAUUCAUUACAGACUAUCACACCAACCCAAUCCACAAGCAAUCUUAAUACAAGUUUAACCAUCUCCCACUCUCAUAUCAAUUUUAAUAACGAUUCAACACAAAAUUUAAGUAUAUCAGUUUCGAUAGAUCAAAAUAAUGAUAGUAACGUUUAA